AUGGUAUUCUUUACCCCGCAGCACUGUGCAAACCUCAAGAACCAAUAUUUGAAACAGGCAGCUGCAAACCUCACCUUUUCUCAGGAGGUGGUGCAGCAGCGAGGGCUGGCCAGCAUUCCUUACAGCCAAAACAGCUUUGACCAUCUCUACGAUGCAGACGGCAUCAUCCAGCCUCCCCACGUCAGGAAGCCCCGAGCUGAGAAGCCCGUCAGCUUCAAGUUCCUGGAUUUUUCAGGUCCCUCAACAAGGGUCACCUCCCAGGCUAUGAAGGCGGAAAGCUCUGCCAAUCUUAAGAAGCUGAAGAAAUCAAAGCCAGCAAGCGCAGUCCAGGAAGCAUCUGGUCCUCUCAAUCUUCAUCCAAGCAGGGAGCUAGACGUGCUUUCUCCAGAUGUAAACCUGGAGGAGAGGGAAACCUGGCUUCCCCCUCCUGAGAAGGAGGCCAGAGCAUGGCAGGCUGUCGUGCUGGAAAAGCUUAACAAGCGCACUGCCCGAUGGAUCCAGAACAAGCGUCCUCUGAGGCCUGGGGUGUCCCCCAGUAAGUGGCAGAGCUUCUUGCACCAGCAGUAUGACUGGAGCCACAUCCAGGAUGAGCUCACUUCCUCCAGCGACCUGGAGCUCUUGAAACAGCUGGAGGAAGAAGAGACAGCAGAAUUUGAGGAUCGAAGUGUCGUUCUGCCCACCCAGGAGGAAAAGAAGCCAGAGCUGCUGCUUCCUGUCUAUUAUAGAUUGCCCAAUUACUUGCCACAAGUGCAGACAGUUGAAAGCAUGCCUGGCAUCAGUAAGACUGCUGAGGACACCGAUGGAAAGGGGAGCGACUACCAGCCCCCAAGGCAGAGCCACUUCCGACAGGUGAAUCCCCGAGCUGGAAAGUUUGCUUACUCCACAGACAACACCUUUGAACAGGAGAUUUACUUUGAUAAAGUCCAGAUCAUCCACCAGAUUGGUGCAAAGAGAGACCAGAUUUUCCUGGAAAACCUCAAUCGAUACAACAAGCAGCUAUGUAAGGUCUUCCCUGAAACCCCAGAAAGGUGGACUUCCCAGCCAGUUCCUGAACCAUCUUGCAGGCCUGUGAAAGGAGCUAUGCGCUGGACAGCUCUGCCCAUACCGGCCAAGGAUCUGCUGCUGCAGGUGGGUGAGGAGGACAUGCCCAUGAAGACCAGGAGACUGAAGAAGCAGGCAGAGUCACUGAAGGAGAAUGUGACUUGGGAACUGGUGGUCCUGCGGAGGAUGCUGCAGGAAUGGAAGAUGGCCUGGGCUCUAAUCAUCGAGUGGCACCAUAAGACAAUAGAGGGCCUGCUGCAGAGCUUGGUGGACAUCCAUGAUGACAUCCGCAUCCAAGCCAUCAUCACUUGUGCCACAGCUGCUUUAGAACGGCCCCGUAUUGCCAUCAGCCAGGGGGACUCAGCUCCAUCUGUCCAGGACUUGCCAGAGGUUCUACAGGCCCCCCUAAAGGCUGCUCUUUGUGACAAGAACGCCAAUGUGCAGAUGGCAGCAGCAGUAUGCCAAUAUGCCAUACAGUCACAUAAUCUUCUUGCCCGGGAAAUCAUGCAGACUGCCCUUUUGAAGGGUAAUAGCGUGGACAGCUGGGCUGCAGCUCAGUGCCUGGCUCUGGAAGGUGCUGCCACUUACCCUGUGAUUACAAGGAUCCUCCAUCAGCUGUUUAACAAGAAGAAUGAGGACACUGAGCAACAGUCUUGCAUGCUCCUGAGCCAUCUAAGUGCGAAGACAACCCUGAUACAUACCAUGCUUGCCGUGGAGCUGAAUAGCCAUCAAUGGAAAGACCGGAUUGUAGCCUGCCGAGCUCUCUCCCAGAUUGGUGGAAAUGUCAGUGUGGAUAUGAAACAUAAGUUGAUCCAGCUGAUGUUGAGUGACUGGAAUAAGAAAGUGAGACAAGCAGCUGCCCAAGCUCUGGGGCAAAUGAGCCUUGGGAAAGAGGUGCAUGACACAAUCAGAGUCAAGCUGGGCCAAGGAAACUACCAGGAGCGUGUGGAAGCCCUCUCCCUGAUUCGUGGGCUCAAGCUCAUGACCGCCAAGCUUCUCCCAAGCUUUCUGAACUGCUUCUCUGAUGACUUCACGGCAGUUCGGCAGGCAGCUUGUUUGGCUGCUGGUGCCCUGCAGAUCCAUGAUAAUAUGGUCCUUGAAUGCCUUCUGAAUCUCAUACAGAGAGAUCCCUGCUGGAAAAUCAAGGCCUUUGCCAUUCGAGCUUUGGGACAAAUUGGCCACGUGAGUCCCCAACUGACAGACCUCCUGCUCUGGGCUAUCCACUAUGAAGAAUCACCAGGUGUACGACUAGAGGCUUGCCGUAGCAUCCUAGCCCUCAAACUUCAAGGAGACCGAGUCAGGGACACCUUCCUAGACGUGCUGCUCCUAGAGAACCAUGAUGCUGUUCUAAAAGAAAUUCACCAUGCAAUGAAGAUACUCAACUUAGAAAAUGAAGGAAACCAAGAAAUGCUUCAGAAGAUCAAGAACAGGAUUCAAACACUAAGCCAAAAGGAACUGUUGAUACAGAAAAUAUUCAAGAUUGAGACAGUCAUGGGAAAAGUGAAGGACGAAGCAAAACGUGUUUACAUGCAACCCAAACAGGGGCAAAAACCACUGAAAUUCCAUACUUUUCUCCAAGAAACUUUUCAGGAUGAGGUGGUGUUUCCUAGAAGACCGUCUGAGUUCUGUGACAUUGAAGCAGUCAUAAAGCCUGUGAGACCCCGCACACCAAAUCCCUGGUCACAGAGUCCAGUCCCGGGCCUAAGCACAAGAAGCAGAGGUCAUUCAUCACUUGUCAGAGAUCUACGCACUGCCGGGGAAAAAAGAAUUGCGAUGGGACCAUUUGGAUCUGACAACCAAGAUCUCUAG